AUGUCGGACGCUGCUUUGGGCAUCGUCGUGGAUUCAGAGGAUCCACGGUACUGUUGGGUGCCGACCGACAUCCAGCGAUGCAGUGACUUGGUGGAUGGCAGCCAGUGGAUCUCUGCACUCGAGCAGCAGCUCAAGGCAGAGCCAAAGCCUACCCGACAACUGAGAAUGACAGUCAGUGAGGGAGACAAUCCACAGUUCUGGGCAUCAACUGCAUGUACACUCCGUGCCCGUAACGAAGCCCUACGCAAGAUGCAGCCGCCGGCAAAGAAGGUGACACUGCUGACCCAGCACGAGGUACUUUUCUGGUUCAAUGUCGGUUCGGGUGUACAGAAGCGUGACCGAGUCUUCGUCACGGAUUCCAAGUGCCCACAUCAGGGUCUCUGCCUUUUGGCUGGAGAGCUCAAGGACGUCGAAGACCUCGCACAGCUGGGAAGUCAUGGAUGUAGUGCCCAGAUGGUGCCAACGGUGCCCAUGGUGCGGUGCCCUCGCCACAACAAAACCUUUGAUCUCAGGACGGGCGAAUCCCUGGGCAACGGCGAACGGCUCCGCGUCUACCCCUGCAAGUUCGACCAGGGCCGCUACUAUGUGAAAGUGCCCGUGACUGAAACGAACGGCAUGUUGCAGGUCGCGAUUGAGUCCUGCACGGUGCCAGACGAAGAUGUCGAUAUGACCGAGGAGCCGGACACAAAGCGGCCGCGCUUCUGCUUACUUCCAACCCCCGUCGCGAAUGCCAUGCGCACGAACAGGAUGCUCGGACAGAAUGCGACUCUGGGCUGA